UUAGUGUAACACUCUUCUCCUGUAGUUGUUUUGGGAGGGAGCGGUGUUUAUAAGGAUCUCUGUUUCAGUAGCUUCUAAAUGAAUGCUGCUGACCAGUUCCAAGUCUCUGGUUGAGAUUUAACUUCACAAAUACAUGCAAUUAGAAGAUUUUAAGAAGAUGUUUUGCUGCUGAAAGUGUGAAAGAACCUCCAAUAUUUGGAAAAUGUCCUCUCCCGCACCUCACGAACAAAUGCAGGAAAAUGCAGACAAGAAAACUCAUCACUGCUCAGAGUGUGAGAAGAGUUUCUAUAAUCAGAGUGCUCUACGGAGACACCAGCGCGUUCACACUGGAGAGAAACCGUAUCAGUGCUCAGAGUGUGGGAACACUUUUACUCAACAGAGAUCUCUCGAUCAACACCAGCUCAUUCACACAGGAGAGAAAACCUAUCACUGCUCAGACUGUGGGAGGAGCUUCAGUCAGCAGAGUACUCUCAAUCAGCACAAGCUCAUUCACACUGGAAUAAAACCGUAUCACUGUUCAGACUGUGGGAAGAGCUUUGCUAGACCGAGUCAUUUCAAAAGACACCAGCUUAUUCACACCGGAGAGCGUCCGUACUGGUGCUCAGAGUGUGGGAAGAGCUUUACUCACCAGGGUACACUCCGUCUGCACGAGCGAAUUCACACCGGAGAGAAACCCUAUCACUGCUCAGACUGUGGGAUGAGCUUUUCUAGACUGUUUCACUACAAAACGCACCAGCUAAUUCACACCGGAGAGAAACCGUUUCACUGUUUACACUGCGACAAAACGUUCACGAGACAGAGCCAUUUCAAAACUCACCAGCGCAUUCACACAGGAGAGACGCCGUAUCACUGCUCAGAGUGCGACAGAAGUUUUAAACAACUGGGUCACCUUCAAAAACACCUGCGCAUUCACACUGGAGAGAAACCGUAUCAGUGCCCGGAGUGUGGGAGGAGAUUCAAACAGCAGAGUAAUCUCCUUCAGCACCAGCGAAUUCACACCGGAGAGAAACCGUAUUACUGCUCAGAGUGUGAGAAGAGCUUCAGACACUCAAAGACACUAAAGAUUCACAAGUGCAUGAAGAACAGUCACAUAAGUGAGCAGAUACACACUAUUCCAGGUUCCAAAAUUACAAAUCCAGAUUUAAACAACGGGGCUGGCUUGUUUAUAGAGGAAAAAAACAUGUUGCUUGAAACAGUUUCUGAAACAUGUUCAUAAAAUAUGAAUUACAAACACGUGCACCUAAAAUCCUUUAAUUUUCCAAAAAAUAAUCAGAGCUGCUUAUAAUCCGGUGCUCCUUAUGUAUGAAUUCUAUCAGUCAGGUAUUAAGGAGCGUUAAAGCCACUCCACUAAAGUACAGCGCUUAUAAAUACAGCGCUUGUAAGGCCGUCAUAAUGCAGCCUUACUUAUUUUGGUGAUUUUGGUUAAAAGGAUAUAGAUUGUUUUAACACGGUAGAAACGCAGACUACAGUCCAAUAUGCAAUAUAUUGGACGUAGCAUGUUAAAACAAGCCACGUCCUUUUCACCAAAAUCACCGUUUUUAACAGGAUAAAAACGCAGACUACAGUCUACUAUCCAAUAAUGGACUGUAGUCUGUGUUUUUACCGUGUUAAAACAAGCCACAUCCUUUUCACCAAAAUACGUAAGGCCACAGUAUGACGUUUUGUCAUUUUCGACCAAUCAGGAAACCUUGUUUUUUUUCCAUGAAAAAUUAGUCAAAUGAUUGAGAAAAUGCCUGGGCAUGUUCAAUUGGACCAAAUUUCAUUGAGAUAUGCAACAAUAUGCACUUUUCAUUUUUCACCAAAAUAAGGCCACGGUAUGAUGUUUUGGUCUAAAAAUGACUCGAAUGAGUGAGAAAUUGUAACUUCUAACUGAUAACAGAAAUGUUAUUCAGCUAGUGAAACGUGACAUUUUAAUAUAGGCCUGCUAUAACUGGUUUUGACAUGGAUUCUUAGAUUUUUGUUUUUUUUCCAUGUCUGCACUGAUGUUUUAAAGAUCGUAUGGUUAUUAAAAUUAACUGCAAAGACAUGAACUCUGAUUAACAGGAUCAGGAUUUUAACCUUAAAAUAUUUGCAGCCAAUCAAUGUUUAGAAAUAGGUCGGCCCUCUUAUGGCUUAAAAUGGCCUAGAACUAUAUCAUGUUCUGUAACUGAAGCAUGUUAUUUUGCAUGUUGGCAAGUGUUCACAGUCUUUAUAUAAAUCUUAUAAAAGUUAUUUAUACUGUACAUGUUCCGGCCAAGUGAAGUUAAAUGAUGUAAUCAUCCAAUAAAUCACCAUUAAAAAUCAUUUUUUAAA